GCUUAUGAUGCGAUAGUACACUGGAGCGUAAACAAGCUGAUGCUCAUCUCGUUAUUACACCUUUUGCUUGCCCGACGCACAAUCUCGAAAGCGAUGCAAGACGGACAAGAUGAAACCAUCGACCUUGACAUCGAUAUCGGCAUGGUCCUAUCCGACCUCUCCGAUUCGUCACGCCAACAACAUCGAUCAAAGGCGCUCUCGCCUACCGCCGGCAUCACCACCUUUACUUCUGGCUCGACGGCCGAUACGGGCAUAAGUAAGCGGACUGCAGAUGGAGACGAAGACGUAGUCAUUAUUGGGCCGGAGUCUCGGCCGGAUCCCGAGGACGGGCAUGUAUUUGGAGGAGAUAGGAGACUGUAAUUGAUUCAGAUGCAAAGAUGCCUCCCCUAUGG